AGAAACAGGUGGAUUCGAAGCCUUCUUCCUCCUGGUUUGCUACCUGGAUAAGCAUCGUUGACGCACGAAGGAAGAAAAAAACGUCAAAAAAUAAUCAUCCUAAAAGGAAAAGAUUUACAAUUAAUACUCGGACCGAUCGCUAUUUUGUUUCAUAGCUCUUUACUUAUUUACUCUUUCGUAUUAUAAAACUGGGAUGUAAUUUCUGGACCUUGUCAUCCUUACAAUAACGACCAAGACCUUCGGCAACCAGUCGACUGAGUAUUUUUCAACAAGCAGCAUCGAACUAGGCCUAAUGAACGGCACCUUCGAUUACAAGCAGCAAGAGGAUCAGCGGAUAGCUCUGAAAGAGUUUCGAAGAGCUGUGCAAGAUAUCUUACAACACCACCAUGAUGACCAGUUUCUCCUUAGAUGGUUGAAAGCUCGGGAUUUCGACCUAGCCAAAGCAGAAAGAAUGAUCCGAGAGAGUUUCAAAUUCCGAAAGAAACUUGGAGCUGACACAAUCUUAACUUCAGCUUAUGAACUACCAGAAGUGUAUAAAAAGCAUCCAAUCACGGAAUGUCUAGGAUUUGAUAAAGAACACAGCGUUGUCAGGCUGUUCAUGGCUGGUAUCUGUGAUUAUAAAGGUUUUGUAUAUUCUCUACGCAUCGUAGACAUGAUGAAAAUUCUCAUAUACAUGCUGGAACAUGAUCUGAAAAUGGUGCAAGAGAAGAAGAAGAAAAUUGUAAAAUUAGAGGAGAAAACCACAUUCAUUUUAGACUUCAAUGGCUUCACCUUGAAGCAGUUCUAUGACAAAUCAGUUAUAAAUGCAGGCAUUCAGCUGAUUACUAUGUACCAAGACAAUUACCCAGAGACUCUGAAAGCAGCUUAUCUCAUAAAUGUUCCAUCUUACUUCAGUUGGAUCUUCAAUUUGUUCAAGCCCUUUCUGAAUGCAGUCACUUUGAGUAAAAUAAAAAUAUAUCGCACAGAUGAAUGGCAAGACGAACUCUUUCAAAUUAUGGACCCGAAAUUAGUUCCAGCUUUUAUGGGAGGAAAAUUAACAGAUCCCGAUGGAAAUCCAAAAUGUACAACACUUAUCAACUGGAAUUCGAAGAUUCCGCCUUCUUUCUACCUAAAACAGAGCCAGCAAAAUGGUGGAGCUGAUGAUCCAUCUAUGAAGUCUGUCACUGUUCAACAGAGGUCAACAUUUGAGGUACCAGUAGAAGUAAAAGUGUCUGGAACCAUCUUGAAGUGGGUCUUCAAAACGAAAGAGUACAAUAUCCGUUUUGGUUUGUUUUUCAAACCAAAUGGAAAGAAAUCUCACACAGAAGAGAUCAUCCCAAUUGGAAGUGUUGACUGCCAGGUGCUACCAGAAGAAAAUGAGCUCAUAUGUGAAAAAGAAGGGACCUAUAUUCUACAUUUUGACAAUUCAUACAGUUGGCUGACAGCAAAACAACUUAUGUACAAAGUUGAAACUGAAGCACCUGAUGCAAAUGAAACCAACAAUAACUGAUAUUUAAUAAUCUGAAUAUAGACAUCUAUGUAUAAAUACCUGUAAAUAAAACUUAAUACUUUCAUUAAAUCACAAAA